UUUCAAUAUGAAACUCCUAUUGUUCGCAAACUUCCUAUUCCUUCUUCUGUACCUAUUCCCACUUGGCAGGAUCAUCCCGCCCAUGGAAUGAACAGGCUCGUUCGUCAGCAUGAAUUUGAUUAAGAGAUGAGAACAGAUGAAAGUGGAGUUAAGAGAGAAAGAAGGGAUGAAAGGUAUGAAGAUUGUAGAAGAUAAUGAUGAUUUAUGGAAAAUAUGGAUGGAUGUUCAGAUAGGUCAAAUAUUUUCAACUUUUGGCAAAAUCAGAAUCAAAAUUUUCAAGAAUGCAAAAAUAUAUGACAUCUUAACUUUUGAAUCAUCAGGAAUUCAUUCAAAUCCAAUCUACAUCAGUGAUACUACACAAACCUCUACUCAUACUGACACCUUUUUGAACUCACUCUACUACUUAGAAAACAUCACUGACACAUACACCUUCACAACCAUAAAUUCACACCAUUUCAUUGAUAUAUCUCUUGGCUCCCCACCAACUCAUUUGCAGCUGAGCUAUAAAGAUCCUGAGCCCAUCCUAUUCGCUCUCCCAAAUUUCCUGUACUAUCUAAUCCCGCUCCUCUUAUGCUACCUUCCUCUACACACAGGGUUUACUGCACCUUGGCUGUUCAGAUACUUAUCAGCUCCUGAAGCUCCAAGACACUCAAAAGUUUUAGUCAAUAUGUCAAUAAUAAGCCUGAUUCAGAUUUACACUAUCGUAUUUUAUUCAUCUGUUCUUGCCUUCUUAUACCAGAGUUUUAAUGGAGUCUUACACAGAGUGAGAAAUCUAGUGAACAGAGAAUAUUCAGGGUUUUGGGUAGACUGUAUGAAUAUUGAUUUGUAUUUUUCCUUUAAUUUCUGCAGGCAUCUAUUGAUCACAAGUCUUGAGCUUUUGGCGAGAAUUCAUCUUUUGGGUUGAAGGGGAUAGAGAGCCAGGACAUCGCUCUAUAAACCUUCAUAUCCUCCAAUAUAUAAUCAUAUGAUGGCUUGGUAUAAUCUCUGCAAGUUGGAUCGAUAUUUUUGCCUCUCCUGACAUCUACUUUAGAAUUUGUAUUGUUUACUUAGUAAAUAUACUGUUCAAUAUUGCAACUGGAAGAACUCUAGGUACUUAUUGGUUCUCAGAUGUGAUAAACUUUACCUGAUACGGAUACUUUUCAUUUGUUCUGAUGAAAGACUAUGUUUGGGUUGAUGAUGUGAUAAAAUAUUGGUUCAUCGCAUAUUUAGCUGUCCAAUCUGCUCUAAUUCUGAUCAUGAGAUCCCAGGAGACCCUUGGAGCUCGAUUCAUGCUCCCAUUGCAAUAUAGAAAGUAUUCUUUUGAUAAGUACAGAGAACCGUUAAUGGGAGACACUGAAAAAGAUAAUCAAAAUCUUAUGUGUGACUAUUGUUUGAACUCAUUGAAAGUUCCCGAACUUGAGUAUAACAUUCGCCCAAAGUUUGGAUACCCUAUAUGGGUAAAUAUCUACUACCAACUGCGUUGCAAACACAAUUUUCAUCAAAAAUGUAUCUUAAAUGCAAGGACCGAACAAGGAGGAUGCAUCAAGUGUGGCCGUGAGGUAGAAGAAUUUGUCCCUCUUUAAGUAAAAAUCUAAGGCAGAAUUUUCA